GAGGAGGCGCGGGGGCGGGGGGGGCGCUUCGCCGCCGCCGCCAGUAAACAGCGGUUCGGGCCGAGGCCUGCAAGAUGUCGGGGCCCGGGGCGCGGCUGGCCUUGCUGCUGGCCGUCGUGGCGGGAGGGUCUGCCGCCGCCGCCGCCGCCGCCGCCUUCGGCUCGCUCCUGGGCGACACGGCGUCGUGUCAUCGGGGCUGCCAGCUCACCUACCCGCUGCACACCUACCCCAAGGAGGAGGAGCUGUUUGCGUGUCAGAGGGGCUGCCGCCUCUUCUCCAUCUGCCAGUUUGUGGAUGACGGAAGCGACUUGAAUCGGACCAAACGGGAGUGUGAAUCCGCGUGCGCCGAAGCCUACCCCCCGGCCGACGAGCAGUUCGCCUGCCACCUCGGCUGCCAGAACCAGCUGCCCUCCGCCGAGCUGAGGAAAGAGCAACUGAUGUCCCUGACGCCCAGGAUGCACCUCCUCUUCCCUCUGACGCUGGUCAGAUCCUUCUGGAGCGACGUCAUGGACUCGGCCCAGAGUCUCAUCUCCUCUUCCUGGACGUUCUACCUUCAAGCAGACGACGGCAAGAUCGUCAUCUUCCAGUCGAAGCCCGAGGUCCAGUUUGCCCCAUCUUUCGAUGAGGAAACCUCAGAUUUGCGCGACUCCUCUGCAGACAAGGCGGCAGCACCGCAGCCGGGAAGCUCGCAGACGCGCAGAGGCUCCUGGGAAGACGGGGAAAACGGCGGCAGCUUUUUCAAAUGCCUCUCGAUAAAUUCCGGCUGGAUCCUGACCACGACACUGGUCCUGUCCGUCCUGGUGCUGCUGUGGAUCUGCUGCGCCACCGUCGCCACCGCGGUGGAACAGUACGUGCCGACGGAGAAGCUGAGCAUCUACGGAGACUGGGAGGCGGCCAACUCGCCCAAGCUGAGCCGGUACCCGGCGUCGGCCCUGCUGGUGGUGCGCUGCCAGGCCGAGGAGCCGGGGGAAGCGGGGCCCCUCCCCGCCAAAGUCGAUCUGGCUCGCUCGGAAAUCUAAGUUUGCUUCA